ACUAAGAAAGAGGAAAACAAACAGCGGGAAGUGCAGAAGGAACCUAAAGAGAAUGUCACACCAAGAACAGAGAUGAUGAAGGCCAAGCAACACUCCUCCGACUCUGGCAGUGGCACCGAAGAAAAGCAAUUAUCUUCCAUGUCAGAGCACUGUAGACUUUACUUUGGCGCUCUCCAAAAGGCCAUUGGUGGAUUUGUGGGAAGCCUUCAGGAUGGCCAGCCACCAGAGAAAUUCAUCUCACAAAGUAAGCUGGUGAUUAUGGUGGGCCAGAGACUGGUAGACACUUUGUACAGGGAAGCCCAUCGUAAAGGGUCGAACCAAAGUCUCCUGUGUAAGAGCAACCACCUGUGCGCUCUCCUGAAGCAGCUAGCUGUGGCCACCAAGAAGGCGGCACUGCACUUUCCUGAUAAGCAAGCUCUUCACGAAGCUCAAGAGUUCGCAACGCAGCUGGCCCAGAGAGCGCAGCACUUUCGGCUAUCGCUUGAUCUCUGAGGGUGAGCGCACGGUAUCAAGUGUACAGAUCUAUGUGAAGAGGAAGGUUUUAUUCAUCAGUCAUGUAGCUAUUUCUUUUUUUAAUCAUGUUUAUAGUGUACAACAUCUGAGCCUAACUGUUGCUUUUGCUGAUGAAUGCAGGUUGCUCUUUAAAUAUUAACAACUGUAGAAAAAAGCCGCCGGCACAGUUUAUUUCAAAAAGGUAUUGCAUUUGUACUAAAAGGCAUUAUCAAUAUAAAUUGCACAUUCGAGAUGCUGUAAUUAAGCCAAUGUUAAAAUGCAUUUUAAGUACAGAGUAUAAAGUAUUUUUUUCUAGACUUACGGGAAAUGUAUAUUCUUUGAGUUUUGUUGGUUAUCUGUGUUUUUCUUCAUUGUUUUUUUUACUAUAUUGUGUAUGGAAUAUAUUCUUCAGAGUAGCGUGUCGUUACAGUCUACUUUUUGUUAAUAUCUAUGUAAAUAUUUCAAAAAAACAUUUGUUAUGCAUUCCCAAAAUUUACUUGACAAAAGACUGAGUACAACAUAUGUUGAAGUUCUGUUGAUAUUGGAAUAAAAACACAGACA